AUGGGCCAUUGGUUUGGCUGCUGUGAUGAAUUGGAUGAUGGAUUGAGGGUGUUUUCGGUUAGUGAUUCAGGCAGGUUUUGGCUUGUUCGGAUAUUGUGCUUUGGAGUAAAUGACACAAAACAGAAUUUGAUUCCACCAGGAAUAUAUACCACCAAAGGUUAUGAUAUAUCAAACUAUCCAUCUAAUACAAAUUUACCAAAACAAAUUUUCUAUGGAACGUACAAAAUGAACUAUACCAAAAAAAGUGGCCGUGUUGUUGGAUGUUUCAUAUUUGUCAUUGAAAUUAAACGUCCAUUUGAAUUAGAAUGA